CUUUUGCCGAUCUACAAGUGUCUUUUGUUAAUCCCAACAAAACAACAGGUAUCGACAGCCAUGAUCAAGAUAACUGCCGUUAUCCUGGCCUUGGUGUUUGCUUUUUAUUUAAGCGAGCCUCUACUUCGGAAAUAUUUGCCUUGGCCGAUGUCCCGGGCAAUCGUGUACCCAAAGGACUACGCACCCGAGUUGGAGUACGGUCAGAGCAACGUGCAAUUCGACUUCAUCGUGGUGGGUGCGGGAAGUGCCGGCGCUACGUUGGCCGCCAGACUCAGCGAAGUGGCCGAAUGGAACGUGUUGCUUCUGGAAGCCGGCGGCGAUCCACCAGAAACAGAAGAGGUCCCUCUUUUGUGGGAGACGAUGCUACGGACCGACGUUGACUGGAACUACUCGACGGAACCGGACGAAAAGAUGUUCAAGGGUAUGGAAAACGGACGCGUUUAUGUGCCUAGGGCCCGCAUGGUGGGAGGUAGUUCAUCGUUGAACGUCAUGAUAUACUUAAGGGGCACUAAACGUGAUUUCGAAAGAUGGGUGCAAGCCGGUUGCGACGGAUGGGAUUACGAUACGGUAAUGAAGCAUUUCAAGAAAUCAGAGGACUUUGUCGACAACAUGCGUUUCAACAAAACCAUUCACUCUCGGGGCGGUCCGCUGACCGUAUCGCCUUACGUACCCUCCGACCCGGCCAUCGCAGUGUUCUCAGCCGGUGCGACGGAGCUGGGAAUGAACCACGUGGCGGACUUUAAUCAGAUAGAUCCAGUUUUAGGCUACGGCAUGGCCGACAGCACUACCAGAGACGGUUUGCGGUGCAGCACGCUAAAGGCAUUCCUGUUGCCGGCCAGUGAGCGACCCAACUUGUACGUGGCCAAAAAUACGAGGGCCACCAAAAUAUUGUUCGACGAAAACCGCAGGGCCACUGGCGUGGAGAUCUUGAUGCCAGGCGGCACCAAAAAGGUGGUCAACAGUAGGCUGGAGGUGAUCGUCAGCGCCGGAGUGAUAGGCAGCCCGCAAUUGUUGAUGUUGUCGGGAGUGGGGCCCGCAGAGCACCUACGAGAAAUAGGCAUCGAUUUGGUGGCCGACCUAGGGGUCGGAGCAAACUUCCACGACCACGUCGUGUUUUUAGGUCUAGUGUUUACCGACAGGAAGAACCGUCCUAAAGAAGAGAUACAGGCCGAGAGCACAAAGCGAGCAGCAGAACAUAUGGCACUGACCGCACAAGGCAAAAGCACCCUUGGGCUAUCGGGAAUGCUCACUUUCAUUAACACGAAAAUGGAGCAAACGUACCCCGACGUGGAAAUGAUGAAGAUGCGAUUAUCGUAUAACAUGUUAGACAAGAGCAUGAACGGCAAGAACAUGCUGAGCAACAUGUUCGGGCUGUCGGACGAAGUGGCCGCUCUGUACAAAGAUCUGAACAAGCAGAGCGACUUAGUGUUGAUGAUGCCAAUCUGCAACAAUAUUAUUAGCACCGGUUACGUGCAGCUCAAAAGCACCGACCCGUUGGAACACCCGAAAAUCGUGGCCAAUUUCUUGAAGCACGAGGAAGAACUAGAAACAGUAUUGGGAGCCAUCGAUUUCGUAAUUCAACUAUCGAAAACCGAAGCCGUGAUGAACGCCGGUUUAGUGUUGGAACACUUGAAGUUCCCCAAUUGCGCCGGUCACGAAUGGGCCACACGCGAUUAUUGGUUGUGCAGCAUCGAGCAAGUGGCCACUUCAUUGUAUCACGUGGCCGGCACAAACAAAAUGGGAGCGGUCGAAGACACAACAACAGUAAUCGAUCCUCAAAUGAGAGUGAAAAACGUCACAAGCCUGAGGGUUAUCGACGGUUCUGCCAUACCGCAUUUGGUAGCGUACAACCCAAAUGCGGUCACUAUAAUGAUGGCGGAAAAAGGAGCUGACCUCAUAAAAUCCAGUUACGGUAAAAACGUAUGAACGAUGUAAAACACAAAUUUUUUUAUUUGUCUUUUUUUUAAACUAUUAUAUUUUUAUACUAUUUAUAUAUAACGUUGCCAAACCUGACCCACUGCAAGGUACUUACUGACAUUUGUUUGGAAAUGUAUUUAAAUAAUAUAUUCUUUACCUAUUUUUAAGUUCCCAUACCAUUUUCAUCUUAUAUCGUACAAGAAAUUAAAUUUACACAGCAAAUUAUAAGUUAUGUGCCAAUAAUAAAUACUAAUAUAAAAUUAUUAUGUAAAUGAAUAAUUAACUUUUC